UACUGAUAAUCAACCAUGGCUAAGCUUCAGCUGCUCAUCUUGAUCGCCGUUGGCGUCUUAGUUGCCGCCAUCCAGGCUUACACUGUGCCGGAAGUACAUCAAUACCAGAGGAAACAGACCCCUCAGAACCAAUAUCAACAGCACUUGAGAAGAGAAGCUGCUCAAGGUGUUGAGGAAGUUAAGGCCGAAGCGGCGAAGACUCGCAGGGACUUGAGCCAACAACAACCUGGACAUCAACAGCAGCAUCUUCAGAAGAGGGAUUUGGAGCAACCCCAAGGACAAGGUCAACACUAUCAGCUGCGUCAGCAAAGGGAUUUGGAGCAACCCCAAGGACAAGGUCAACACUAUCAGCUGCGCCAGGAAAGGGAUUUGGAGCAACCCCAAGGACAAGCUCUUCACUAUCAGCUGCGUCAGCAAAGGGAUUUGGAGCAACCCCAAGGACAAGCUCAACAUUACCAGCUGCGUCAGCAAAGAGAUUUGGAGCAAGAAGGAUCAGAAACCCCAGCCAAGAGAGCAGUGACUGAGGAUCAGGAGAAGAAGGGUGAGGAGUCGAAUAGGAAACUGAUCGGAGCUCACGAUGCUUACUAUAAACCAUGGUACAUCAACGAAUUUCCCCAUUUUGAAAAUUCUUUGAUAGGGCAAGUCUAA